AUAGGGACUCAAUUGCAAAAGAUACUCGCCCACCCUCCUCUCCCCCGUUGCGUUUCUUCCCCGUCCCAAACACACACGCAUCCCCUUCUUAUUAGGGUUUCAUCGCACUCGAGGGAUUCUCUUUCCCUUUCACCGCUCUUUUCUCACACCCAACCCAUGUUCUAGGGCUCCACAGACCUUCGUUCCCAAAACCCAUUUCACAAUUUCCUCUCUGUUCCCUCAAAACCAAACCAAAAUACAAUUCUAACAUUUGGGUUUCCAUGGAAGACGAUAGAUCCGAAGUGGGUCUGUCUCUGAUAAAGCAGCUGGCUUCCUCCAACAAACCCAGCCGUGACAAAACCGUCUCUCUCCUUCUGAAUUCAUGGCUUCCUUCCCAAACCCAAGUCUCCGACGACCUCAUGAAGAAGCUCUGGAAAGGCCUUUUCUACUGUCUAUGGCACGCCGACAAAUUCCCCGCCCAGUCCCACCUCGCCGAUGUUCUCUCUCAUGUUCUCCAUGAUCUUAAUCCUUCCCUCUCGCUCCAUUACUUCUCUGUUUUCCUUCUCACCAUGCGCCGCGAGUGGACGGGCAUCGAUGUUCUCAGGUUAGACAAGUUCUACCUUUUGAUUCGAAGGUUUUUGCAUAAUUUCUUUGCUUUGUUGAAGAAUAAGAACUGGGAUUUGGAGCUUUUGAGCAACUUUGUUGAGGUUUUGGAGAAAUGGGUUUUCUUUGCUGAUGAUAAGUUUAAUGGGAAUGGUGUUAAUUACCACAUUGUUUCGGUUUAUGCUGAGGAGUUGAGGCCUUUUCUUCCUGUUAGAAUGGAGGUUCUUGGUGUUCUGUUUGAUAGUUUUGUUUCGGUUAUGGUGAAGGUGAAUGAUAAAGUUUUGGUGGGGAAGAUUAAGUCCAAUGUGUUUGACAUGUUGGCCAAGAAAGGGAGGGAGCUUUUGGAGGCAAAGAAGUCGGGGGAGGAGGUUGUUGUCGUCGAUUCAGGUAGUGAUGUUUUGCUGCUUGGAUCAGUGGCGUUGACAAUGGGGUUCUCGGCGAAGUUUUUCGAGUUGGGUUCUUCCCCGGAGUGCGUCCAGGGGAAUAGGAAGGUGUUGUUUGGUUUGCACCAGGAGUUUGAGAAGUUGGAAAAGGAUUUUGCUGCUUUGGGGGUGGACAUUUCGAUCCCAGAUGUUGUUGAGAAUGUCGAAGACGAAGUGCCGCAGUUGGUUCCUAUUGUUGCUGAGGAAAUGGCAGCGGGUGAUGUUUCAGAACCGGCUGAGGCCGAAGAUGAUGUUGCUGGGGAUAUUGCUGGGGUGGUGACUUUGAAAAAGUGCGGCGGGAAAAAGAACAAAAAGAAGAAGAAGAACAAGAAGAAGAAUGAGAACAACGAGAAUGAAGUUGCUGCAAAUGGCGAGGAAUUAAUGAAUGAGGACAUUGGUGGUGAGGAUUUAGUGCUGCUUAAUGAGUCUGUGAUAGCAAACCUCCAGCUGCAAUUCGAGAAGAUUGCAGCUGAAGCUGGGUUUGAUGCUGAUUCACCUAAGAGUAGUGCGACGAAUCUGAAGAAAAGAAAAAGGGCAAAAGCUAUGAAUGGGAAGAACCAUCCUCAAGAGGAAGAUGCCAACGGGGGCACGAUAAGUGGGAAGAGUGAGGGGGAGAAGAGUGCGAAGAAGGUCAAAUUUUCGAUGAAAAAUAAUCUGGUUUGGAAACCUCAUAGCCCUUUACCCCCACAAAGUUUGAGGUUGCCUCCCUCGGCUACUCCACGAGGAAGUGCCCUUAAGAAAGGGGUGCCUCCAGGUCCGAUAAGGGAGAUCCCUACCCAACCUAAGAAGGUGAGGAUGAGAGCUGUUUCUGUGAAGAAGGCGAGGAAGAAGGCCGUCAAACGGUUGAAGAAGUUGAAAACACUUUCGACGUAGAAAAUGUGUAACAUUUAAUGGACUAAGAGUUCUACGAGCGUUGGUUCAUGGCUGUCUUAUAUACUCUAAAAAAAUCUACCAUUUUCUGUGCUACA